AUGAUGAUCAACGACACCAUCGCGUUGGACACAAACGGUUCCGAGCCGCACCUCCCCCUGGGUCACAACCACAGCGUGUUCCCCACGCUGAGGCUGGAGUCCAAGUCUCUGGCCACCUCAGCCACUAUGUUCGGCGUGGGCGUCCUGGGCAACCUCAUCGCCAUCAUGGUGCUGUGCAUCUCCAAGAAGGAGCAGAAGGAGACCACUUUCUACACGCUGGUGUGCGGCAUGGCCAUCACGGACCUUCUGGGCACAUGCUUCACCAGCCCGGUGGUGAUAGCCACUUACGUGGCGAACCGCUGGCCCGGUGGAGCUCUGCUAUGUCACUUCUUCUCCUUCUCCAUGCUCUUCUUCGGCUCUGCCGGCAUGACCAUCCUGUGCGCCAUGGCGGUGGAGAGGUACCUGGCUAUCAACCAUGCCUACCUCUACUCCCAGCACAUAGACAGAUCCAUGGCUCGCUUCGCGCUUCUCGCGGCUUACUUGGCCAACAUCGUCCUGUGCAUCAUGCCCAGUUUCGGCUUCGGUCGGCACGUCAGGCACUUUCCGGGAACUUGGUGCUUCCUGGACUGGAGGGCGAUGGAUCCGGUUGGCGCUUGCUACUCCUUCCUCUACGGCGGGGUGAUGCUCCUGCUCAUCGCCGUGACCGUGCUGUGCAACUUGGCCGUGUGCAGGUCUCUGGUGGGGAUGAACCAGAGGACCGGGAUCGUCCGGGCCGAGGUGUGCGACCAGGGGGGGUCACGGCGCCGCUUCCCGCGACUGCAGUCGGUUACAUCUGCGGCAGAGAUCCAAAUGUUCUGGCUUCUGGUUUUCAUGACCAUCGUUUUCCUGGUGUGCUCCAUCCCUCUAGUGGUGAGAAUAUUUGUGAACCAGCUUUACGACCCUGCUUAUAUUUCUGCCGGAGGGAAUCCUGACUACCGUAGCGACCUGUUGGCCAUCCGCUUCGCCUCCUUCAACCCAAUUCUGGACCCAUGGGUGUACAUUCUGUGCAGGAAGAACCUACUCGUGAAGGGCUGUAGGAGGCUGAAAAUGGCAGUGACUCGAGUGAAAGAAAGUGGAGGUGACAAUAUAGGCUGGAUCGGGGAUCAGGACUCCCCGCCGUCUUUAAAUACGAACGACACCAGCUACGCGUCAUUACGCAGGAAAGACACGGAACAGCGAGCGGCCGUCACGAACGCUCCGUCUUUCACGGACUUCGCAAUGAGACAUGCGUGGGACUACGACGUAGCUCGUGUCAACUUCCACCCGUUCAGCGUCGAACCCACCACCGUUCAAGGAGGCGAGGACGAAGUAGCAGCUGACCCAAAUCAGGGGGCGUCAUCAGUGAAGGCGUCACCAGCCCAUGCCCCUUCGACACACAUCAGAAGAGGCGAGAUGGUCACAUGCACAUUCGGUACCCCCAGCUCGGGUCAGUCACUAAAAUACCUCUAACUAUCUUAUAAUGGACUUUUAAGUACUCUUUAGAAUUAGAAUGGUCUCAGCGGUGGCAGCUGGCAUGAAUGGAUCAUAACAAACACAACAUUAGGAACACAAAUGGCAUCACUAAGUUGCACCCAGUAAAAGUCAUGCUCAAUUAUG